AUGGCUAAACCUUUCUACAAACUGCAGUGCUUUCUAAGGUGGGCCCAGCUGCUCCUCCUCUUUUUGGGCGUGGCCUACAUCAUGACUGGCACCGUCCUCUUGCUCCAACGCUACAGUUUGGACGCAUCUCAGCGAGGAGCUGAAACCUCGCUGUCGUUGCCUUCUUUUCCGGCUCCUCCAAGAACCCUGGAGUCUCCUCACCUCAGCUGGCAGUUCAGAAGACCAGGAUCUCGGGCGAUCCAGUACCUGGAGAACAGCCCGCCGGAUCCUCCAGGCAGCCCGAUGGACCAGCGUCAGUUUACAUCCAGGAACCUGGAGAUCAGGCACCUGAGACGCCACUGGUUCCACAGCUCCACGACGGAGCAGAAGAUCCAAAUGCAACAAAGUCCACACCAUCGAGACAUCAGACGUAAAGGAACCUACAUUGGUUGCUUCAUAGAUGAUGGCAAGGAACCAGCCCUUGGCGGCACAGUGCUCUACGAUUUCCGCAGAAUGACCAGCACUUUGUGUCAAGACACCUGCUCGGAGAGUGGGUACCAGUUUGCGGGACUGGAGUAUGGAGCAGAGUGCCACUGUGGAAACCAGAUCACUGGUGCCCGGGCGCGGAAUGAAGACUGUAACCUAGACUGUAAGGGAGACAGGGGCUCUGUCUGUGGGGGGGUGGGACGUCUCUCCAUCUACAAAGUGGAGAAGCUGCUCCCCAGCCAGAGGACAUACAGGAACAUGCACUACCAUGGCUGCUUGAAAAGGCCAGAGAACAUGAGCCAGGUCUUUCUGUUCCACACGACCCUUCCCCAGCUGACCUCACAGCUCUGCAUCUCGACCUGCACCGAAAAGGAGCUGCCGUUUGCCGUGCUGAGGGGUCGGGACUGUUUCUGCGGACGUGCCUCCGCUCAUUUCGCUCUGCAAAAGCGAUUGGACGAGCGGUGGUGUGGGCGGAGCAACCUCUCAGAGCACGCCCCUCCCAUCGAUGAGGACAUUUACCACGUCUACACCACACCUGUUUUAGAUUCUAGAUGCAAAGUAAGGAUGUUUCUACCUGAGAGAUCUCCCUCGCUCAUAGCCCUGUCCAGUUUUCCAGGUGCAGGAAACACCUGGUUAAGGCAUCUCAUUGAGCUAACCACAGGUUACUACACCGGAAGUUUCUACUUCGAUGGCUCACUGUACAACAAAGGUUUUAAGGGAGAAAAGGAUUACUGGAAGAGUGGCAGAACCGUUUGCGUGAAGACUCACGAGAGCGGACAGCGGGACAUCGAGAUGUUUGACUCGGCUAUCUUGCUCAUCCGCAACCCGUACCGCUCCCUCAUCGCCGAGUUUAACCGCAAGUGUGCAGGACACCUGGGCCACGCGUCAGACAGACAGUGGAAGGGCAAGGAGUGGCCAGGGUUUGUGGACAGCUAUGCGUCCUGGUGGGUGUCACACGCCGUGAACUGGCUGAAGUUUGGACGGCACGUGCUAGUGGUGCAUUUUGAGGAUCUCCAAAAGGAGCUUCUCCCUCAGCUGCAGUUAAUCACCUCCUUUCUAAACGUGAGCGUUCCAGAGGAGCGACUCUUGUGUGCCGAAAGCAACAGAGACGGGCUUUUCAAACGCUCCGGUACAAGGCAACUCAACUUCAACCCCUUUACUCCAGCCAUGAGGGCUCAGAUUGACAGAUACAUCCGAACCGUGGACCAAGUCCUGAGAGACAGGAACUUCAGUGGUGUGCCUCAGGAGUACAUGCCCAGAUGA